AUGGAAUUGCGUUGCUUUGUGUCGAGUCCUCCAUAUCUUGCCACACAACGUAGCUGGGGCCGGCAAUCAUACAUCUCGCCAUAUCUAUCCGACGGUCCGACGGCACGACGCAACGACGCCUCCAGCCCUCCACUGAUUCGACGCCUCUUUCUCCGACUGUCCGACAAUCAGCCAUCCACUGAUUCGACGCCUCCAGCUUUCCAGUCCCCGAAUCAACGCAUCCAUCCCUCCACUGAUUCCGGUCCCUCAAUUUUUUUAGAUUCGUGA